GCCGGGAGCCGUAGUCGCGGGCAGCCGCCAUUUCGCCGGCAGCGUGGGGGCCGCCGCCCGCCGGGACUCUGCGGCAUGGAGAGCGGGUUCGGCUCCGACUUCGGCUCCGACUUCGGCUCCGGGGGCGGCGGCGGGGGGAAGCUGGACCCGGGGCUCAUCAUGGAGCAGGUGAAGGUGCAGAUCGCCGUGGCCAACGCGCAGGAGCUGCUGCAGCGCAUGACGGACAAGUGCUUUCGGAAGUGCAUCGGGAAGCCGGGCGGCGCGCUGGACAACUCGGAGCAGAAGUGCAUCGCCAUGUGCAUGGACCGCUACAUGGACGCCUGGAACACGGUUUCCCGAGCCUACAACUCCCGGCUGCAGCGGGAGAGAGCCAACAUGUGAAGCGCCCCGGCUGCGGGACCGCGGGGGGACCAUGUGGGGAAGGGACGAGCGGCCAGGCCAGGUGGCUGGGGGUGACAAUCCUGCCGCCCUCCCGGCCCCUGCUGUGGCAGAGCAAUAAACCCUCGCUGAACCUUUUGCA